AUGGCGACGAUAGCACCACCCGCCAUCGCCAGAAUUCUACUUUGCUUCUUCGUUUUGGCUCGAGUUUGCGCAUCCACCGGUUCUCAGCCCUCAGUCGAUGACAGCCAGAAUUUCUUUGAUGUCGUUGAGUACGGUGCCGUGGGGGAUGGCCGGACUGACGAUACCAAGGCAUUCAAGAAGGCUUGGACCGAUGCAUGCAAAUCCAGUGCGAGUGUGCCGAUCAUGCACGUUCCUCAGAACAAGACGUGCUUGCUUCAACCUUUGGUAUUGCGGGGUCCUUGCAAUUCCCAAAACCUCACUAUUCAGAUUGACGGUACGCUGGUGGCAUCGGGCGAUCCAUCGGCAUGGAAGUGCGACAAGAAAGAUUGUCGGCAUUGGAUAAUGAUCAGUGACGUGGACGGCCUCUCUGUCCUUGGAUCUGGCGCCAUCAACGGCAACGGCUCCGAGUGGUGGGACCACUCACUCUGUCACCACCACCACGUUGGCUGCGGCAAGAAACCAACAGGGCUUGUAAUAGACAAAUGUAACGAGGUCCGCUUGAGCGAAUUGACGUUCAAGGACAGCCCGCAGAUGCACAUCGCGAUCGAGGGGUCGACACGUGUGACCGCCGCCAACCUCACCAUCACGUCCCCCGGACACAGUCCCAACACCGACGGCAUUCACAUCCAACGGUCGCAGCACGUCGUGGUCCGAGAUUGUUACAUUGGAACAGGUGACGAUUGCAUAUCGAUCGGGCAGGGCUCGGCCCAUCUCGACAUCAGCGGGAUCUCCUGCGGCCGGGUCACGGCCAUUGGAAGUCUAGGCAAGCAUGGAUCGCGCGAGACCGUCGAGGACGUGCACGUUAGGGACGUUCACUUCGUGGGGAGGCAAAGGAUACGCGAGGACAUUGUAUUCGAGCGCAUUACGGUUACUAAUUCAUCCCAUCCCAUCAUCAUCGACCAGUUCUAUUGCGACCACGAGCAUUGCAAGAAUCAGACAUCAGCAGUACAAAUAAGCAAUGUGACGUAUUCGCAAGUGAAUGGGACGUCACACGCGAAAGCGGCGGUGGAGUUGGCGUGCAGCGAGACGCAUCCCUGCAGAGAUAUAUUGAUGAAGGACAUUACUUUGAAUCUGACAGUUAAAGGCAAAGAGACAACCUCACACUGCUCUAACGUUAGGGGGCGCAGGAACAGCAACAUCUUCCCCAACAUCUCUUGCUUGGAAGAAGAUGAAGAUCUUUAG